UGACCAUGUUGCUGAAAUUAAUUUUGGUUUUUUGUUUCAUACAAAAUGCAACUUCCAUUCCACAUAAACACAAUAAAGAAUUCCAACUAAGACGUUACAAUAAAAAUAGUGUCAAAUUAAACUACGAUAAACAUGAAAAACCAUUUCUAGAAUACAUAAAAGACGAUUCCUCGGCUCUUAGUAGCGAAUCUAGACGGUUGUUUGAUUGGAUAAAGAAUGUGCUUAACAGAAAUGCUACUAUUGCAACCAAAAAUCAUAAAUUACCUUCUUAUGAAGAAGCACUGAACGAAAGAAUAAGGUUCAGAAAAAUAGAGACGAACUUAACUGAAACUUUAACUAAACUGUCAGAUGUCCUAACACAAAUACUAAACAUAGUUAAAUAUACUCGAUACCACCAUUUUGAUGACAUUCGUGAACUCUUACACGCGAAACACGAGGCAAAGAAUGUAAUAACAGAGAGAUUUAAGAGAGAUUUGAAUUGUUCUAGUAUUAAAUCUACAGAAUUAGACAAUGUUGCUAAAACUCCAAGUAACACAACUAAAAAAGAUACAGGUAAAUCAAAUAAUGUUACACAUAACUUUGUAGAACCUGAUGAUUUGAAUAAGCAAGACAACAUAACUAAAAUAGAGACAAAUAAUAAUAUGCCGAUAAAAUAUGAAAAUAAAUCCAUGGGUAACUUAAAUAAUUCUCAUUCAAAUUUAAAAACACAGGAUAAUUUAACUAAUGUAAAUGACUUCGCAACAACAAAAAUAGAUAGCAAUCAAUUGAAUAUUAACAAAAAUAGUACGAAGAAAAAUAAAUUUCAUAAUUCAACGUCUCACUUAGAUAAUCGAAAUGUUCAAGAAACCAGAGUAAAAAGAGAUACUGCACAAGUAAAUAAAAUAGUGUCUAAAACGACUGCAGAAUCAGAAAAUAAAACAGUUGAAGUUAAAAAGGAUAACUCUAGUGUUACAGUAGAAAGCGAUAGUACGACUGAAGCAGAUAUCGCAAUAAGUGGCAGAAGGUCUAUGAUAUCAAUAAAACCGACAAACGACGAAGUUAAGAAUCAUUUAUUCAGGUACAUAAACGAAGCGUUCUCGGAUAUAACCAAAAAGAUCGAUUCCCUAAAACAGAUUAAGCAAAUGUUUUACAAUGACAUCAGAUACCAAAUUGGUUAUAUAAUAUCGAGUAUCGAUACUCUACAAGUUAAUAUGGGUAAUAUGAAAAGGGAUAUGAAUAAAAACAAAUACGUUUGGGACGAUAAAAAGAUUUUAAAUUUGUACGAUACAGUUAAAAUUUCCAAUAACGCUGUAACUGAUUUGCUCGAAAUAUUGAAGAGUUACGUUGAAAGAAGUUUAAAUUAG